AUGCUGUCGGCAUCGUCUCCAGUGGUCUAUCCUGCCAGCUCGUCGCCGCCAGUCAACAAGAGACCGAAACCGCACAAUGGACAAAAGCCUAAGAGAGGCAAGGCCGGAUUCCUAGUCGACGACGACUCGGACGAAGAUGAGGGCCUGUUGACGGAGCCGAUUGCAAAGCGGCGCAUGCUAAGCAGCCCCAGCGAAAACAUUACCGCCGCGUCGACACAGCCGUCAUCACCCCCAGCACAACCCGACGUCGAGGUGGCCGAACCCAGCAAAUCAGAGCCCAGCGUUGGUGAGCCAACGGACACGCAACUUGAUAACACCAACAGCGGAGAUCAUGACACCUUAUACGAAUCCCUCCUGAGGAAGAACAGCGAUUUAGCGGCGGCUUUCGAGAACCUCUCUUCCUCUUCCAAACAGUCACGCGCGGCUUUCAAAAUUACGACAUGUUCUGGCAAGACGGUACAUGUCAAGCCAAGGAAAGCAAACACCACACAGUCAUAUGAGCGCUUGGUUGCUGCCAGGUCCAAAACGAAGGAGGGUCGAGCAAAGCGUAGCUACUACGGUAUCGAGAUCCACGAGUUGGUAGACGCAGCUAAGCAGGAGAUUGCUGCAAGCAAAGCAUCCCCCGAUGCCUCGCCAGAUCGCCCCAUGCCGUCAGUUGAAGAAGUUUCUGGCAAGAAGCCAAAGAAGUCGAUGCUGUGGACCGAGAAGUACCGAGCUAGAAACUUUCUUGACUUGUGCGGCAACGACGGGACCAAUCGCAACGUUUUGCGUUGGCUUAAGCGAUGGGAUCCCAUUGUCUUCCCUGGCGCUGCCAAAUCGAGGCCGUCGGGACGUAGACCAGGAGCCAAGGAACAGGCCGAGCAGGAGAAGCCCCAUCGCAAGAUUCUCAUGCUCACAGGGCCACCCGGACUCGGCAAGACUACUCUAGCUCAUGUUUGCGCAAAACAGGCUGGUUACGAAGUCAUGGAAAUCAAUGCCAGCGACGAUCGGAGCAAGGACGUGGUCAAAAACCGGAUCAGGACAAGUCUAGGGACCGAAAGCGUCAAGACUGUUCAACACAAGAAGGCAGAGCCAGGCCAGCAGCAGAAGAUUGCCCGCCCAGUUUGUGUGGUGGUCGAUGAAGUUGAUGGCGUUGUGACUGGCUCUGGCGGUUCCGGAGAUGGAGGUUUCAUCAAAGCACUCAUGGAUCUGAUCACCUUGGGAGAGAGAAACAGUGCGGGUGUCGGUGAACCUGGAUACCAGCACGGCCGCAAGAAGAAGAACGAUGAUUUUCGACAGAUGCGGCCAUUGAUCCUUAUCUGUAAUGAUGUUUACCACCCAUCCCUCAGGCCGCUACGUCAAUCAAGUUUGGCUGAGGUUAUACAUGUCGGCAAGCCAAGCAUUGAUGCGGUAGUCACACGCCUUAAGGGUGUCUUUGAGAAAGAGGGCAUUCCGUGCGAGAAAGAUGCCGCACGCAAGCUUUGCGAGGCAGCCUGGGGCAUGAGUAGCGGCAUGGACGCCAAAAAGGGCGCUGAGAGCAAUGCGGAAGGUGAUCUCAGAGGGAUCAUGGUCGUUGGAGAGUGGGUUGCCGGACGCCUCAAGGCUGCCACACUGAAAAGUCCACUCCGUCUGACGCGGCAAUGGGUUGACCAGAACAUUGUCCAAGAUCUAGCUCAUGGCGGAGGAGGAGCAAGAGGUCUUGGACGGGGCAACGUGAAGGACAUAGUCACGCGCAUUUUCCAGGAGGGCGCCGGGUUUCCCAAGGGCAGUCUGCGUGUUGCUCCUACGGCAAUGCCUCUCGGCGAGCAACCUCAAGCGCAACUCAAAUUCUCUGAGCAGACCAAAAAGUAUGCUAUUGAGCGAUUGCGGGAAAUGAUCGAAACCAGUGGUGACGUUGAUCGCAUCAUUACCGACAUCUUCUCCGAUUACCCGAACCAUGAACUGAACGACGACUUCUUCCUGUCGAAGCCUGACCAAGCAUAUGAGUGGAUGCAGUUUCACGAUGCCUGCUCUUCAAGGUUGUUCGGCAGCCAGGAAUGGGAGCUUGCCCCUUAUCUCAGUCAGCCGGUUCUGGCUUGCCACAGCUUGUUCGCUUCACCCACGCGCCACUCCCACCUGAUGUACCAGAAGAGGGGCCAGGAAGAGGAAGAAGCGCCGCCGCUUCCAUUCUCAGGCCCCCGUGCAGAUUUUACUGCUCGUGAAGCCCAGAAAGAAAGCCGCGCCAUGCUUCAAGCUAUUCAAGCACAACUGGCUCCCACGCUAGGACGAUCAUUCCGGAGUGCUGAGGACAUUGCAACGGACUUCUUGCCCUAUCUCAUCCGCCUAGUAUCACCUGAUGUGAAGCCAGUCGUCGUCGGUGGUAGCGGUGACCAGAAAGGUACAGCUAGCGUCCGAAAGGAGGCUGAAAAACGGAUGGUCAAGCGGGCUGCGGACACACUUCUCGAUGUGGGAAUUGCUCUCCAGCGCGGAAAGAUUGAAGGCGAUAUGUUCAGUCGAGGUGUAACGUGGGUGUAUCGAAUGGCACCUGAUCUCGAUGCGCUGGCCACCUUUGAGACGUCAGCAGCGGUCAUUCAUGGCACGCAUGCGCCAACUCGUUACGCUGUCCGCCAAGUUCUGGAUCAGGAGAUGCACAAGAUGUCGGUGCUGCGCGAAAACUCGGCGAGACAAGCCCGCUUCCGUGCGGGUAACCCGCACGGCCAAGAAGAUUACUCGUUUGACGAUAAGGAGAACUUGUCAAAGCCCAAGGAGAUCCAGCUGCCAUCUAUUCCAGUCAAGAGAGACUUCUUUGGGAGAGUCAUCAAGACGGAACCACGGCCGCUGCAAGAGACUGAUGGAAACGGCGACAAGAGACCCAGAGAGGAUGAGACGCUUGGAAAGGGGGAGAAUAAGUGCGUCGUGAUGAUAAAACGAGGCACCCAACUUAUAGUCAAUCCUUUUAGCGUGAUCGGCAAACGGAACAUGGUUUCCAAGCCCACGGGGCCAAUCCACUUUGGUCCCUUCGAAGUCACUUCACAGGUCUUCCUCAAGACACCACAUUCAUUCGCCCUUGUGAACCUGAAGCCGCUGCUGCCAGGCCAUGUCCUGGUCUGUCCGCAGAAGCCGCACCUGCGGCUGACGGACAUGUCGGCGCCUGAGCUGACAGACCUAUUCCAGGCCGUACAGCGCGUCCAGCGCAUGCUGGCCAGACAUUACUUCGCCCGGUCCCUUCCCUCCUCUUCGGACAGGGGAGCAGCCGGCUCCAGCCCGGAGCAGAAACAGCUGAGUGGGAAAGCUGACGGCAACAGCAGCAGCGCCAGGCCCGACGAUGGCUCCUUCAACAUCGCGAUCCAGGACGGCAGCGAGGCCGGGCAGACAGUGGCCCAUGUGCACGUGCACGUGAUCCCGCGGAUCCGCGGGGAGACGGAGAAGCCGGAUAACGGACCCGGUGACCAGAUCUACGAGCAGAUGGCGGCCGAGGCGGGCAACGUGGGUGGCGCGCUGUGGGACCGCGCCGUCGCCGCGGCCGGGAGGCGGCCGAGCCCUGGGGGCGGUUUCCCCCGGAUUGAGGACGCGGAGCGCAGGGCCAGGAGCCUCAAGGAGAUGGAGCGCGAGGCCGAGGUCUUCCGCGGCGUGCUGGAGCAGCUUGAGGGUGACGAGCAUGCUACGCGGUAG